AUGGAUUUUUUACAAAAUAUUUUAAAGAAUCUGCAAACGUUUUUGUCAUCUUACAUUGAUCUGGACUAUUCAAUAUGGCUUUACCGAUUACUUACGCCGCUGUUGAUAACAUUUCUGCUGCCCAUGGUUUUUGUGGCGCUCAUCUACAUAUCGUACAUUAUGCUUUGCAUAUACCGAUUACACCGAAAAGUUAUUUUGCGUUCCGUGCAAACUGAUGGAAAUUUUUGGGAAGUCGGUCGUAAAAUAGUUGCAGCAAUGUGGGAUGCACAUGGGCGCUUCUAUCAUGGGUACGAAGUAAUUGGCAUGGAAAAUAUUCCAAAGGAUAAAGCUGCAUUGAUCGUUUACUAUCAUGGUGCCAUACCCAUUGACAUGUAUUAUUUAAAUGCACGGAUGCUAAUGCAGGAGGAUCGUCUAAUCUACACAGUUGCAGACCGUUUUCUUUUCAAAAUACCUGGCUGGAAUACCAUAGCUGAAGCGUUUCAUAUCAGUGCCGGUACUGUACAGUCCUGCAUAAAUAUACUAAAGGAAGGAAAUUUAUUAGCUAUUUCACCGGGUGGGGUGUUAGAAGCACAGUUCGGGGAUCAUUUUUAUGAAUUGCUAUGGCGUAAUCGAUUGGGAUUUGCUAAGGUCGCACACGAAUCUAAAGCAAUGAUAAUACCAUGUUUCACACAAAAUAUCCGUGAAGGAUUUAGACAGUUGACUAUAUUUCGAAGGCUCUUCUUAAAGAUUUACAAUUGGAUACGUGUGCCAGUUUAUCCAAUUUAUGGAGGUUUCCCAGUUAAACUGCGAACAUAUCUAGGAAAACCAAUUGAAUAUGAUGAAAAUCUUACACCGGAAGAACUGCAAAUUAAAGUUGCAGCUGCUCUGGAGGAACUUAUAAACAAACAUCAACUUAUCCCUGGCAGUAUACUACGUGCAUUACUAGAACGUUUCUCAUUCUAUAGAAGCAAAACUGAUUAGUGGAGUGGAAUCAUUUACAUAUAAUUUACGAUAGAAUAUUAUUUGAAAUUAAGCAAAAAGACUUCGUCUAAGUUAAGUUCUCUCAUAAAAAGUUUAUAUUCUGGAAAGUUUACAAAUCAAACCGCAGUGUAUUUGUAAGCAAAUUCGAAAUAAGUUAACAUAGUUAAUAAUAUUUACUUAGACUUUAGAGUACUUAAGCCAAUAAGCGAACUUAGCUCAAAGCUAACAUCGUAAAAUUUUUACAAAGAUUAUAUAUAUAUAUUUUAAAUAAAAACUU